AUGGAUUCAUCAUAUGUAUGUCAAAGUUGUGUUAGUCCUUGUUUAAAUUGUAAUUCAUCUAUUGUUUGUACUUCUUGUGUAGACAAUUAUUACAUUUCAGGAAACACUUGUAUAUAAUGUACAUUACCUUGUUACAAUUGUGUUGAUCUGGCUGCCAAAUGCACAUCAUGUGCUAAUGCAAAUUAAUCAGUUUUUAAUGAUACUUGUAUAUGCGAUGAUGGUUUUUAUAUGGAUGGUUCCUUAUAAUGUUAACCUUGUAUUCAUCCAUGUACUAAAUGUGAAACAAAUGGGAAUCAUUGUACAGAAUGCGCAUCCACAUAUGUGAUGAGCACAACUAUUCUUAAUACUUGUGAAUGUCCUGCUGGAAAAUAUGAAGUAUUAGCUCAUUCACCUACUGACUGUCAACCUUGUACAUAACCAUGCGAUACAUGUACAGGAUCACCAGAUCAUUGUUUAACAUGCAUCGAUAUUAAUUAAACAGUAAAUGCAUCUUAUUUAUGCGAAUGUAAUAUUGGUUAUUUGAUGAGUGGAGUAAAUUGUGUAUAAUGUGUUAAUCCUUGUUUAUAAUGUUCUGGAAGUACAAACUAUUGUACAUAAUGUAAAGAUAUAUAACAUUAUGUAUCUACAGGAUCAUGUAUCUGUAAUCCUGGUUGGGUUAAUGAUAAUAAUUAUGAUUGUAUAGCAUGCUAAAGUCCUUGUGUCACAUGUUCAGUUAAUGAUACUCAUUGUGAAAGUUGUAUUGAUAUAAAUAAUGUGAUAAAUGCCUCUUAUUAAUGUAUUUGUAAAGAUACAUAUUACUCAGAUACUGUUAAUACAUGUGCACCUUGUAUAUCACCAUGCGUUAAUUGUGAUAUUAAUGGAUGUUUAACAUGCAUUGAUAGUAAUUAAAUCAUUGAUUCAUCUUAUAAUUGUAUUUGUAAACCAGGUUAUUACUCAGUUGGUUACAAUUGUUCAUAAUGCACUUUACCAUGUUAAACUUGUGAAAUAAAUUAGGACCAUUGUUUAACCUGUAUUGAUGUUAAUCAAACUUAAAUUAACAAUCUUUGUAUCUGUAAUGAUGGAUAUUUUGCAGUAUCAAAUUAUUGCUAAUAAUGUUAACUUCCAUGCACAAAAUGCGAAAUAUCAAAUGAUCAUUGUCUUGAAUGUUUAGACCCUAAUCAUGAUUUGAUAAAUAAUUAAUGUAUAUGCAAAUUUGGAUAUGGAUCAUCUGGAAAUGGAGGAAUAAAUUGUUCAUUUUGUUAAUAUCCUUGUCUUGAUUGUUCAACAAGUGUAAGUACUUGCCUUUCUUGUAUAGAUAGUAGUUUAUUCCAACUUUAAGAUAAUAAAUGUUUAUGUUAAGAAGGUUAUUUUUAAAUAGAUACCUAAUGUAAGAGAUGUUUGCCUUAAUGUUCCUCUUGCAUUGAUGAAUCUGAUAUAUGCUUAAAAUGUUCAGACCUCAAUCAUGAUUUUAUUCAAAACAGUUGUAUUUGCAAAUAUGGUUAUUAUACUAAUAUAGAGAUGAAAUGUUCAAAAUGUUAACCUCCAUGUUUAACAUGUGAAUUAAACUAUGAUUAUUGUACUUCUUGCCAUGAUGNUUAUAAUGUUAACCUUGUAUUCAUCCAUGUACUAAAUGUGAAACAAAUGGGAAUCAUUGUACAGAAUGCGCAUCCACAUAUGUGAUGAGCACAACUAUUCUUAAUACUUGUGAAUGUCCUGCUGGAAAAUAUGAAGUAUUAGCUCAUUCACCUACUGACUGUCAACCUUGUACAUAACCAUGCGAUACAUGUACAGGAUCACCAGAUCAUUGUUUAACAUGCAUCGAUAUUAAUUAAACAGUAAAUGCAUCUUAUUUAUGCGAAUGUAAUAUUGGUUAUUUGAUGAGUGGAGUAAAUUGUGUAUAAUGUGUUAAUCCUUGUUUAUAAUGUUCUGGAAGUACAAACUAUUGUACAUAAUGUAAAGAUAUAUAACAUUAUGUAUCUACAGGAUCAUGUAUCUGUAAUCCUGGUUGGGUUAAUGAUAAUAAUUAUGAUUGUAUAGCAUGCUAAAGUCCUUGUGUCACAUGUUCAGUUAAUGAUACUCAUUGUGAAAGUUGUAUUGAUAUAAAUAAUGUGAUAAAUGCCUCUUAUUAAUGUAUUUGUAAAGAUACAUAUUACUCAGAUACUGUUAAUACAUGUGCACCUUGUAUAUCACCAUGCGUUAAUUGUGAUAUUAAUGGAUGUUUAACAUGCAUUGAUAGUAAUUAAAUCAUUGAUUCAUCUUAUAAUUGUAUUUGUAAACCAGGUUAUUACUCAGUUGGUUACAAUUGUUCAUAAUGCACUUUACCAUGUUAAACUUGUGAAAUAAAUUAGGACCAUUGUUUAACCUGUAUUGAUGUUAAUCAAACUUAAAUUAACAAUCUUUGUAUCUGUAAUGAUGGAUAUUUUGCAGUAUCAAAUUAUUGCUAAUAAUGUUAACUUCCAUGCACAAAAUGCGAAAUAUCAAAUGAUCAUUGUCUUGAAUGUUUAGACCCUAAUCAUGAUUUGAUAAAUAAUUAAUGUAUAUGCAAAUUUGGAUAUGGAUCAUCUGGAAAUGGAGGAAUAAAUUGUUCAUUUUGUUAAUAUCCUUGUCUUGAUUGUUCAACAAGUGUAAGUACUUGCCUUUCUUGUAUAGAUAGUAGUUUAUUCCAACUUUAAGAUAAUAAAUGUUUAUGUUAAGAAGGUUAUUUUUAAAUAGAUACCUAAUGUAAGAGAUGUUUGCCUUAAUGUUCCUCUUGCAUUGAUGAAUCUGAUAUAUGCUUAAAAUGUUCAGACCUCAAUCAUGAUUUUAUUCAAAACAGUUGUAUUUGCAAAUAUGGUUAUUAUACUAAUAUAGAGAUGAAAUGUUCAAAAUGUUAACCUCCAUGUUUAACAUGUGAAUUAAACUAUGAUUAUUGUACUUCUUGCCAUGAUGAUAAAUAAUUGGUUGUUAAUGGAUAAUGUUAAUGUGAUGAUGGAUAUUAUUUGUCUAAUUUAAAAUGUGCAUAAUGUAAUAAAGUGUGUACAAAAUGUAAUUCAUAUUCUGAAUGUACAGAAUGUAUAGAUGAAUAUUAUUUACAUGAGACCUCAUGUUUAAAAUGCUAAAUACCUUGUUCAACUUGUUUGGAUAUUAGUACUUGUAUUACAUGUGCUGAUAAUUACUUUAUGAAUUACUUAAGUGAAUGUAUUUAAUGUAUUCUAAAUUGUAAAACCUGCAUUGAUACUUCAAGUUGUAUCACCUGUUAUGAUUAAUUCUAUUAUGAUAAUUCAUCAUUUAGUUGUAUUCCCUGUUUUAAUAAUUGUAAAUCAUGUGAAAAUACUUCUUAUUUUUGUACUUCCUGUGUUGAUAUUAAUCAUUAACUAAUAGAUAAUAACUGUAUUUGCAGAGAUGGAUAUUAUGAAGAGAAUUACAUUUGUAAACCUUGUGAUCCUACUUGUAAAAACUGUUAUAGUUUAACUUUUUGUACAGAAUGCUAUUCCUGGAACAAAAUUAUUUUAUUGAAUAAUCUAUGUGUUUGUGAAGAUGGUUAUUAUCUAACCCAUAAUAAAUGCGAUAUAUGUGACAAAAGUUGUUUAACAUGUUCUUAACUUUCAAAUAAUUGUCUAAGUUGUAAUCAAUAAUUAAAUAAAAUAUUAUAAAAAAAUACAUGUGUUUGUUAAAAAGGGUAUUUUGAAAAUGAUUAAAAUGAGUGUUGGUCUUGUAAUUCAAAUGAAGGUAAAAUAAUUAAAGAUUGUAAAUAUAAAGAUUGUUCUGAUUUUAUUUGGACUUAUGGUGAAGAUUGUGAUGAUGGCAAUAAUGUUUCUAGAGAUGGAUGUUCAAACUGUAAAAUAGACAAUAAUUACUCUUGUUUAAAUACUUUACUAAACCCCUCUUUGUGCUUUCAGUGUAGUGAAAAUUGUUUGGAAUGCUAAUUAAAUGAAAACUUAAAAUAAUCAGAAUGUAUUAAAUGUAAAGAUGGCUUUUUUCUACUAUAAUCUAAAUGUGCCAGAUGUACAGAAAAAUGCUUGACUUGUGAUAUUAAUGCUUCAAAUUGCAAAUCUUGCAGAUAUCUAAAAAAUGAUCUUGGUGAGUGCUAAUUAUGUGAAUCUAAAAAUGGGUAUUAUUCUGAUUAGAUAAAUAAUAAAUGUUAUUCUAAAUGUGGAGAUUCAUUAAAAGCUAUAGAUGAAGAAUGUGAUGAUGGUAAUUUAUUAGCAGGUGAUGGAUGUGAUUAAAAUUGUAAAAAAGAAAAGAAAUUUAUUUGUAAAGAUGGUAUUUGUAUAACUCCUGAAUAUCCUACUCCAAAAUUAAUCAGCUUUGGAGAUACUUCAUUAUAUCAUAAUAUAAGAUAAUUUAAACUAGAAUACAAUCUUUUAUUAAAUAUAACACAAAAUGAUUAAAUUGAAAACGAAUUCGAAUUAUAUAUUAAGAAUCAAUUAAUAGAAAAGCCAAUUGAUUGUUAAUACAAAAAAUAAUCAUCAUUUACAUUCAAUAAUUAAUCAAAAAUGAACUUUUCCGUCAUUUUUGAAUUGCAAUUUAAUAGAUCUUCAAAAUAAGAAGAACUAAUUAUUAAAUAUCUUAAUAUUUCCAAAUUUAUUUCAUAUUAAGGGUACUCCUAAUAAGAGCCUGAAGUUUCAACUGCUAUUUCUGAUUAUAUGUUUAUAGAUUAAUCAUCUGUUGCUUAAGUCUAAAUGGCUACAAAUAGUAAUUAAUAUGUGUUAUAUGUUAUGGCUGUUAUGGGAGGAGGAGCAAUCUUAUUUGGAGGUUUAGAUAUUUUUUAUAAUUUGUUAGAUACAAUUUAAAUGUUAUCAUACUUAAAGUAUGUAAAUACUUAAAUGCCUUAUAAUUUGUAAGAAUUUUUUGAUUUUUUUGGUUUUGCUUAACUCAAUUUUAUUUCCAAAUAUUUUAAUCUCUAAGGAAUGAUUGAACCUUUUAUUUCUUAUUAAGAUUUAAAGCCUGUUCCUCCUAAAAUUGAAAAGGAUGAUAUAAAUUCUUUAUUUAUAAUUAAUGGAUCAUCCAUUUUAGUGGUGUGGCUAUCAUUUCUAGGAGUUUAUAUUUUAUCUACAUAUGUGCCAUAAAUAUUAUCAAAAUUUAAAUUUAAAUAUUACAAUGAAAUACCUGGUGUAAAAGAUGUAACUAUAAAAUUUAAAUUGAUGUUUUUAGCUGCAAAAAUAUUUAUAACUUAAUUAUGUUACAUAAUUGUCUCAGAAUUUUUUUAUAGUGGUAUAUUUAGAACUCUUUUAGCUACAGCUUAUGAUUAUUCAUUUUCUAUGACUCUUUAAUUAUAUGCAUUAGAAUUACACUCCAAAGACAUUUUGGUCAGAUUGAGUUCAUAUUUAGCCUUAAUAGCAUUUGGAAUCUAUUUAUUGGCUAUUUAUGUUGUGACGAAAAUCAGUGGAGGCUCUUAAUUAUCUUAAAAAUAAUUAUAAAAUAAACAGAAGUAUGGAUCAUUAAUUGAAGGAAUUAAAAAAGAUAAUUAUAGCAAAUACUUUAAUGCUAUUAUUCUUGUUAAAAAACUAUUAUUUAUGAAAAUUCUCAUAUUUUGCUUUUCCUCUCCAUUUUUAUAGUCUAUUAACUUAACUCUUUUGUCUAGUUUACAAACUCUAUAUUUAAUCUUCUGUAAACCUCUUGAAGAUGACAAAGAGUUUAAAAAAUAAUUAUCUUGUGAAAUUAACACCACAAGCUCUUUAGUAUUGAUUUCAAGUUUAGUCUUAGAUGAAGAAUUAAAAAUUUUUAGUGAUGAUUUAAGAUUAAAUAUUGGUUGGUUUUGCAUUGCAAAUAUAAGCUUAAUUUUUGUGAUUUAAUUAAUAAUAGAUGCUAUUUAAUAAUGGACAUUGUUGAUAAAAAAAUACAAAUAGCUCAAAAUGCUUGUAGAAAAAAUAAAUCAAUUAUUUCAUUCUCACACUCCUUAAUAACCUAGUCAUGAAAUUUUUAUUAGAACUGAUAAUCAGAAUAAUUGA